CCCUUGCGUGCGGGCCCUGCCGUACCUCGUCCGGGCGCCGCCGCCGGAGCCUUGCGCGCUGCUUUUUGAGCGCGCGUCUGCCCGGGGCUGGGCCCGGGCCGCGGCCGCGCGGGAUGGCGCAGCUGGAGGGCUACUACUUCUCGGCCGCCUUGAGCUGCACCUUCCUCGUGUCCUGCCUGCUCUUCUCCGCCUUCAGCCGCGCGCUGCGCGAGCCCUACAUGGACGAGGUCUUCCACCUGCCGCAGGCGCAGCGCUACUGCGAGGGCCGCUUCUCCCUGUCGCAGUGGGAUCCCAUGAUUACUACGUUGCCCGGCCUGUACCUGGUGUCAGUUGGAGUGGUCAAACCUGCCAGCUGGAUCCUGGGAUGGUCUGAACAUGUGGUCUGUUCCAUUGGAAUGCUCAGAUUUGUUAAUCUGCUCUUCAGUGUUGGCAACUUCUACUUACUGUAUUUGCUUUUCAGAAAGGUGCAACCCAGAAACAAGGCUUCUUCAAGUAUCCAGAGAAUUUUGUCAACAUUAACGCUUGCAGUAUUUCCGACUCUCUAUUUCUUUAACUUCCUUUAUUACACAGAACCCGGGUCUGUGUUCUUCACUCUCUUUGCUUACUUGAUGUGUCUUUACGGCAAUCAUAGGACUUCAGCCUUGCUUGGGUUUUGUGGCUUCAUGUUUCGUCAGACCAACAUCAUCUGGGCUGCCUUCUGUGCGGGACACAUCGUGGCACAGAAACUCAGUGAGGCCUGGAAAACUGAGCUGCACAAGAAGAAGGAAGAGAGGCUUCCCCCCAUUAAAGGACCGUUUUCGGAACUCAGAAGAGUUCUUCAGUUUCUUCUGGUGUAUUCCAUGUCGUUUAAGAACCUGAGUGUGCUUUUCCUUUUGACCUGGCCCUACGUCCUUCUGGUGUUGGCGUUUGUGGUUUUUGUAGUCGUCAAUGGUGGGAUUGUGGUUGGUGACCGGAGCAGUCAUGAAGCCUGUCUUCAUUUUCCUCAGUUAUUCUACUUUUUCUCGUUCACUGCUUUUUUCUCCUUCCCUCACUUACUCUCUCUUACAAAAGUCAAGACUUUCCUUAGCUUAAUUUGGAAACGUAGAGUUCAGUUCUCUGUGAUUAUGCUAGUCUCAGUGGUUUUUGUUUGGAAAUUCACUUAUGUCCAUAAGUAUUUACUGGCGGACAAUAGGCAUUACACAUUUUACGUGUGGAAAAGAGUAUUUCAGAGACAUGAAAUUGUGAAAUAUUUACUAGUUCCAGCCUACAUGUUUGCUGGUUGGGCCAUAGCUGACUCUUUGAAAUCAAAAUCAAUUUUCUGGAAUUUAAUGUUUUUUGUAUGCUUGGUCGCUUCUACAGUUCCUCAGAAACUACUCGAAUUCCGUUACUUCAUUUUACCUUACAUUAUUUAUAGGCUUAACAUACCUCUGCCUCCCAUAUCUAGACUUGUUUGUGAACUAGGUUGCUAUACAGUUGUUAAUUUUCUAACUUUUUAUAUCUUUUUGAACAAGACUUUUCAGUGGCCAAAUAAUCAGGACAUUCAAAGGUUUAUGUGGUAAUAGUAGGAAUAUUUUGAAUUUUAAAAGUAGACUAUUUCUACAACAAAUAACUGGGUAAGUAGAAAUGGAAUUCCUUUUAGGUAAAUUCAGGGAAGUUGAGUGAAAAGCAUUAAGUUUGAGACCAGCUUAAAAGUCUGAAUAGUAGUCAUAAAGUUGCUUACAGUUGUCUUGAGGAGUACUGGUACUGCCAGCUUCUCACAGGCGUGGGGACUUUUCCUGUGUGUGUGUGUGCACAUUGAGGGGCCUGGGUGAGCUCCGCAGCACGAGAACUAAUUGACUGAUUUUUCUUGUGUAAAGAACAUCAAAAAAAAGAAAAAGAAAAAGAAAAAAAGAAAAGAAAACUGUUUACAAAUGAUCCAGUAGUAUUUUUGAAGUGGGCAGAUAUUGCAGUAAAUGUAACUCUAGUCUUAAACUAGAAUGGAUUUACAGACAGCAAGUCAUGAGCUAGAGGCUUUGGGAUACUUAGGAAUCAGUUUUUUAAAAUACAGAAGUGAUGAAGCCAUUUGAACUAAUUCCUGAUUUGAUGUUUAUACAGGCCAAAGAUAAAACAACACCUUUUACAGAUAAUCUUUCUAAAAUACAUUGCUCUGUUAGUUACCUAGAGAUCCUGUACAAAAAGGACCACAAACCUGUGGCUUAAAACUUUUCCUCACGUACUUACAGGUGCAGCACCUAGAUUCCAAGUGUGGCCAGAGCUAGUUCAUCCCAGAGACGGAAGUCCUCGCUCAGCUCACUCCAGCAACUCUUUGCAGGGGCCUUACAUUUCCACAGGUCCCUCCAGCUGCCUGUGUCUUCGUAAGGUUGUCUCUACUGUUUUCUUGUUCAGAUAAUACACCUUUGAAUUUAGGGAGCUUCUGUCUGAUUCAGGGUGACUACCUGAAGACUUGGUUAUAUCUGUAAAACUUCUUCAAGUUGGAUCCCAUUCACAGGUUCCAGGUACACAUGAUUUUGUGUGUGUCUGGAGGGGGAUGUAGUAACUUUUUAGGAGAUGUCGUUGCUGAGAUCUUUUAAGUAAAAGUUUGUCUUUAGCUAAGAGGCCAAAAACAAACAAAAAAGAUGUCUGAAUUCUUAUAAUUUACAUUUGUCCCUCUUACCCAAUCAAACCAGAAGAACUCAGAGGUGAGAAGUCGUUGGUUUAGCUUUAUUUAGAGAGUAUAAUUUAGGGAACACUAUUGGGUGUGACUCUGGGGUUUUCUUUGUCUGUUGGUUUUGUGCUUACUGUUUAUUCAUUUUAUUAAUAUGAAUUUAUUAAUUUGUUUUAUUAAUGGAAGUUUAUUCAUUCAGUUGUCACUCCCUCACAGACACUGUCAGCUAGUUGUGUGCUGUGACUGGAAACCCAGGACUGUGAAUAAAGCUUACUUUUUAGCCCAUUUUUCUUUCUGAGCUUUACACAUGCAUACAUGUGCAUGUGUGCAUGCAUGCAGACACACACACACACACACACACACAAAGGGACCAAAAACUUUGCUUUUAUUGUUGGAUUAUGUUUUCUUGAGUUUUAAAUGUGUAGUAUACAGGUUUAAAAACUACUUGGGUAAAAGUUACAAAUGUCGUACAGAAUGGUCAGUGAGCACAGACCAUUGCUUUGCUUCAUACUUAGAAGUAAAUCACAACAGUGAUUGAGUUGUGGUCAGAUCAGAAAGCAUACUCCAUUUCUGCUUUCAUGAUGGAUUUAUUAUGAUAGAGAACUAAGUCCAGGAAGGUGAAAUUGCAAACAAGUGCACUUGAAUAAAGCAGCUGCUGUCUGCUGCUCUUAGGCCAGGCCUUUUAUAUCUAGGCACACUGAGGGGAUGGAGGAAGCGCUUUGUCCCAUGUGAUGGAAGGAGACUGCUUUUAGAGGUCCUACUCCCUUUCACUUGUAGGUGUUGAGUCACUUGAAUUAGGGGACAUUGUAGAGGUCUACAGGGAGAGAAGAGGGUAUUCUGCACCGCUGUCUAAAGUAUUGAAAGUAGGACUUAGCAUUUCAGAACGGAAUGCCGUGGUUAAAAGGUGCUACUUAUUUUUCACUAUGAUUUUAAAAAUGGAUGCAUGCUGAUACUUUUUAUUAGGUAGAUAGAUGCUCGGUUAAAUUUUCUUGGGCAGUUGCCAGGAAGGUGGUCAUUUGCUGGUGAAUUUCUCAGUCUUUGUCACUAAAUGAGUAUGUGAGAAAAAUAAGCUUUGCACAGCAGCUUUUGCUUUGGUUGUUCAAAAUAACAGAUUCAUCUCUGGGAAACCAUUUCGCUUGGAAAGAGCCUUGCUUUUAUAGAUACUGUAUUUCUGAAAAAGUUUUACAUUUUUCAAGAAUUGUCAAGUAUUUUUAUUAAAUUAAUUGAAUUUAUUGAUUAAUAAGUGACUAUAAAGGGGCUCAGUGAUUAAAAGCACAAACCACUCUUGCAGGGGACCUUAGAGUGCUUCCUAGCCCUAUAUACGGCAGCACACAACCACUUCGAAUUCAACCUCUAGGAGUCUUUAGUCCUCUGGCUUCUGCAGUCACCUGUACUCCCCUGCACAUACCCUUACUGCCCCCACACAUAAUUAAGUUAACAGUUCUAAAAGGUGAUUGUAGAAAACAUGUACCACCCGCUGAAGGGCUUGUGGGCCAUGCAGUCUUAUCACUCCUCUUCCUAUUGAUUAUUUUAAAGUGUCUCUUAGUCUUUACCUUGAGUUGUUUUAGGCUCAGUAAUCAGUUUAACCAGUUCUACUUUAUGUGAAAAUCCAUAGGCAUAGACUCUCAUUUUCAGAUAUAUUAGUUUGUGUGCAAUAUAUUUUGCUCACAUUUAUACUUUCCCUGGGUGCCCCUUUUAUGACUGUGUCUCACUAAAUGAUGUGGAGAGUGCUCUUUACACCUAGUACAUAAUAUUGCAAGAGGAAUUAUUGUUCUCACAGUUAUCUGUGUCUAUUCUGUUAUAAAAUACCUGCUAUAAACAAAUGUAAUUUAUUUCUGGUGAAUAGCUUAGAAUGUGAUAUAUUUCUAGUGUGAACUUAACUGACUUGACAUUAUGUUCAUCAUAAUUGUCCGGAGAGAAGAGAAGGGAUCCACAGCUUUAAAGUAGAAUUCCUAAAGAGUGAACAUAUAUUUUAGGUCCAGUUCAAAACUGUAUUCAGAUAAAAAGAGUAUAGAUCAUCAUUAUCUUUGAAGCAAUUAGAACUUCUUUAAAUGGUUAAAGCAAGUGUAAUGUAUACAAUAUUUUACAUUAGAGGAAAUUAAAAUAAGAUUGUAGAAAAAAUGUACUUGAUUUUGGUUCCAGAAUAAAAAGACAAAUUGUUGAAGGACAGUUGUUUUUUCCUAAUCACAAAUGAGAAUGUUAUAUCUGAACUCUAGUUAGUGUCUGAUGUGGGUCUUACCCAUUUCAAUGAGGAUUCAUGCCCUAUUCUAUAUCCAUAAAACUUAUAAACACACCAUAUGUUCUAUAUCAGGUAAAUGUAUAUUGAAUGGAGUUUUCAGCAUAGAAGGAAGCAAAUAUCCUAGAAAAGUACUAUUAUUACUAACCUAAUCUUAGGAAGUAACUCAUUUUACAAUGAGACACACCCCCCACCCCUUUUCUGCCUGUUUUCUGAGUGUUAAUUUCAGUAGUGUUCAGUGCAGACAUGCACAUUUAGUUGUGUAUGUACUGCCUACACUAGGGUAUGAUUUUAAUACUAUUUUAAAUACCAAGUCAUCUCAAUAACUAUAAUAGAAGUUUUGACAAUUUAUGAUACUUUAAUCAUGAAAUUUCAACCAGUUAGAAACAUCUGGUGUUCAGCUGUUUUAGCUCUAGGAAGGAAAGAAUUACUUUUAUUUGGGUGCUUUUUAUGUAUUUGAAUUUGAUGGCCAUAUAUUGUUGAGAAAUAUAUAAAUUAGAUACUGAUGACAUUUCUUAACAUACCCAUGAAUCCAGCACUAAAUGCUUGGAAGUUAUUUUUAAAGUAAGUUUUGUGGUAAUUUGGUAAUCUGAUAAUAUUGUUAUAUUAUUUUAAAAUGAGAUACUGAUUGGUGGUAAUUUUUUUGUUCCUUAGACUCUGUUAAACCAAAAGUAGUUAGGGUAUUUUUUUUUUCAAAAAUGUAAUAUUAAAUACUACAUUGAACUUGCAUUCAGAAUUUGAUCAGUUCAGUUUAUUUGAGCCAUGUGUGUACCACUGUUUAAGAUGAGCAAGAACGAAAAGAAGAAUUACAGUAGUUGUCUUUAUCUAUCGAUGAUGUUUUACUGGUUGAGAUGUGUCUGUCUGUCUGUCUGUCUAUCUAUCUAUCUAUCGUCUAUCUGCCUACCUACCUAUCUCUAUGCUGUCUCACUCACAUGGCUAUGAUGUAGAUGCUGAUUUCUUAUUAACCAGUGAAGAAGCUGAACAUCAGGCAUCCCUGGUGACUCUCCAAAGUCUAUUUAUUCCUUUUGUAAUUGAACAUAAAGCUGUGAGCUUUUGCUGUUCUGCCUCAUGGUCAAAGUUAAUUAAGAGAAAAUAGGAAGCGAGGUCUCUACUAGUCAGACCUCUCGUGGCACGGUACUGGAUAACUUACAUGUUUCUGAAAAUGUCAAGUUUUUCAGAGGAACACAAAUAAAAUGACAAAUACUUAAAUGGUUUCAUUACAAGGCAAAUUGUAAAAACAUUCUUGGUGUUUAACUUAGAACAACAGCUCCUAUAAUAAUAAAUUCUUAGAAUUAUUUGAAAGCAUUCUACAUUGCUUUAAAGUAAAUCAGAGGUCAAAAAAUAUAUUUACACACACACACACACACACACACA